CUGCGAGCUCCGCCGCCGCUCCGCCGCCGCCACCGCCGCCACCGCCGCCCGGGAGCCGAGCCGGGCCGGGCCGCCACCAUGCUGAGCCGGCUCGGGGCGCUGCUGCAGGAGGCCGUGGGGGCGCGGGAGCCCAGCAUUGACCUGCUGGAGGCCUUCGUGGAGCACUGGAAGGGUAUCACACACUACUACAUUGAAAGUACAGAUGAAAACACCCCCGCCAAGAAAACGGAUAUCCCCUGGCGGCUGAAGCAGAUGCUGGACAUCCUGGUGUAUGAGGAGAGGCAGCAGACGGCAGCUGGCGAGGCUGGGCCCUGUCUGGAGUACCUACUGCAGCACAAAAUCCUGGAGACCCUGUGCACACUGGGCAAGGCUGAGUACCCCCCAGGGAUGCGACAGCAGGUGUUCCAGUUCUUCAGCAAGAUUCUGGCCCAGGUACAGCACCCCCUCCUGCAUUACCUCAACGUCCACAGGCCUGUGCAGAAGCUUCUCCGACUUGGUGGGACAGUUCCUGGAUCCCAAACAGAAAAGGAGGAGGUACAGUUCACCACCGUGCUCUGCUCCAAGAUCCAACAGGACCCAGCCCUGCUCACCUACAUCCUGGAAGUGAGCACCUCUGGCAAAAAGAUGGUCAGUAGAAAGAAGUCAUCCAAAGAGCCCACCACCCUGCCUAGAGAGGCCGCCAGUGUGCAGGACAAGGACCACGCCCACAGCAAGGCUCCUGACAUGAGUCCGUGCGGAGCCCGGGCCUUGAGCUCACAGCUGCCUGCUGAGACAGAGGAGCCAGAAGGAGUGGUUGGGGAAAGCACCCUCAUCACCGCCCUGAUCGGGCUGUGCAAGAGCAAGAAAGGUCGGGUGGCUCUGAAGGCGCAGGAGAACCUGCUGCUCCUGGUAAGUGUGGCUUCACCUGCCGCUGCCACCUACCUGGUGCAGAGCAGCCCUUGUUGCCGUGUUGUCACCGAGCACCUCUGCCAGCUAUACCAGUCCCUGCCCCCCUUCCUGGACCCAGCGGACAUUGCUGCACUAGAGGGCAUCAGCUGGAGGUUGCCCAGUGCCCCAUCCGAUGAAGCUUCCUUCCCUGGCAAGGAGGCCUUGGCUGCCUUUUUGGGCUGGUUUGAUUACUGUGACCACCUCAUCACAGAGGCACAUACGGUGGUUGCCGAGGCCUUGGCAAAGGCUGUGGCUGAGAAGUUUUUCGUGGAGAUUCUGCAGCCCCACCUCCUGCAUGUCUCUGAGCAGAGUGUCCUGACCUCCACCGCCUUGCUCACGGCCAUGCUGCGUCAGCUCCGCUCCCCUGUGCUGCUGCGAGAGGCUGUGGCUUUCCUCCUGGGCACAGACCCACAGCCUGCAGCCCCUGACGACGGCCCCUGCACUCUGUGUGCUCACCUCAUCGGGCACUGCGACCACCUCUCCGACGAGAUCAGCAUCACCACCCUGCGGUUAUUCGAGGAGCUGCUGCAGAAGCCGCACGAGCAGGUCAUCCACGGCCUGGUCCUGUGCAACCUGGAGGGCCGCCAUUAUGUGGCCCGGGGCUCACCCGAGCCCGAGAGCUAUGAAGACACCCUAGAUCUGGAGGAAGACCCCUACUUCACAGACGGCUUCCUCAACAACAGCUUUCAGCCCUCCACAAAGCCUCCCCGAGCCCCUGCCACCAACUCGGAUGGCAAAACAGCAGUGACUGAGAUCGUCAACAGUUUCCUCUGCCUGGUUCCUGAGGAAGCCAAGACCUCGGCUUUCCUGGAAGAGACCGGAUAUGACACAUACGUCCACGAUGCUUAUGGACUGUUCCAGGAGUGCAGCUCCCGAGUUGCCCCUUGGGGCUGGCCCCUGGGCCCCACACCCCUGGACCCUCAUGAGCCUGAACGGCCUUUCUUUGAGGGUCACUUCCUCCGAAUGCUGUUUGACCGCAUGUCCCGGAUUUUGGAACAGCCAUACAGCCUGAACCUGCAAGUGACCUCAGUCCUGUCCCGGCUUGCCCUCUUCCCCCACCCCCUUAUCCACGAGUACCUCCUGGAUCCCUACAUCAACCUGGCCCCUGGCUGCAGGAGUCUGUUCUCUGUGCUCGUCAGGGUGAUCGGGGACUUGAUGCAGAGAAUUCAGAGGGUACCCCAGUUCUCGGGCAAACUGCUCCUGGUGCGCAAGCAGCUGAUGGGUCAGGUCCCUGGGGAGCAGAACACACAGGCGGCGCCAGGCAUUACCUCACAGUGGGACUGCAGCUGCUGGCUUCGCUCCUGGGCAAGGUAGAGCAGGCUAGAGCCCCUUUCGCUUCCUUUUCCUGCCUGUGCCGCUUCUAGAAGCCAGCCGCAGGUUGCCAGGAGGUGACAUGGAAGAGGAGGAACUUGGUGACCUCUCCCUCUCCUGCAUUCCUCCAAGCUGGGGAGGAUGCUGCCGCGGCUCUGAAGGACACCGUGCGUGUGUGUGCAUGUGUGUUUGCGCACAUGGGUGUUGGCGUGGGACGGGAGAGCACAGCUCAUGGGGCACACUGGGUCUGAACUCCUCAAGUCUGAAAAUGGCUGAGCAUCCAGGAGUCACAGAUACUCCCCUCCUCCCUCCCCUUCAGCAUUCGCCCUUGUGUCCCCCUGAGAUGUGCCCCCAGACGACACAGCAAUAAAAGGUUUGCAUAGACACA